GUGCCGAAUCAUCAUCUAUAUAGUUCAGCGGCUCAGCGGUAGAAAAGUGUUUUCCCAUCGGAACGAUUUUCAGAGCUCGUGGAAAGGGAAAUGCGGGACGCAGUGAAAACACCCGAAAGUGACCAAAACGCUCAUAAAUAAUCCAGUGAAAAUGAAAGCAAAUCAUACGAUUCUGCUGAUAUCUUUAUUUUUGGCCAUCCAACAAAGCUCUACAGCCACGCAAAAGUCGCAGCUCGGUCAGCCGCUUAUACAAUUAAGUCACGACAACUCCGAUGAUGACUAUCCGGAAGUUAAGGACGAAAUUCACUUGGAAGACUUUUUCUGGACUGGCUCGGGCGAUGGCCCUCCGGAUUUCUUGAAGAAGGUGCAUACGGGCAUCACCAAGGGCAAGGAUGUGAUUGUCAAGACGGAGACAGUGGUGGCCACGGUCUAUGUGGAUGGAAAUAAUGAAAUUGACAUACCUAUUUGCCUGGAUUGCAAACCGGAUGAUGGGGGUGGCACUUGGGAUAUGGGUGGCCCUGGAAUGCCUCCCCUGAACUAUUCCGCCACGGAUCGUCGUUAUUGGCUGCUGACUGUCAUGUCCGGCUACUAUACAGCAAAGGACAAUCCCACCUUGGAGGAUAAGCUGGCUCGCCUGUACCGUCUGGCUUUUACCAGGCAACAAACCCGUCAUCUGGGCAUAAAUGGAGCUCAGCAGAUCGAAGGGGUUAAUGUGCCAGCGACUCGAGGGCGUCGGAAAUCCUUUACCCCACCAAUGAGACCCGAAACUACGACGGGAUCACCUUCAGACGAUGUGGAAAUACUGGACAUGCAGGAGGAUGAGGAGCACUACAUAAAGAAUGUGAGAAGACUUGGCGAAGACACGGAGUGGGCCAGCAACUCAGAAGAGGAGCAGUCCGAAGAGCAACUUCCAACGGGGGUCACAACUUCGACCGGGACAGAAUCGAUAGAUUAUGGCGCGUACGUUACUCUGAUCCCCUGGGAGCUCAUACAGCAGAAUGGGAAAUCGGAAAAGUUGCGGGAAAUGCACGGAGCUUUGUUGACUAAGCAACCGCUAGUGCAGCAACAACAGGGGCAACAUCAACAGGGAGUGGAACCAGCCCAACCCCAGCCCCAUUCCCAGCCCCAACCACUUUAUCGGGACGAGCACGUCAGAGUUGUCAUACACAACCUAACGCAAAUUAGCGAGGCGGAUGUGCAAAAGUGGAGCACGAACACCAAUGGGUUCGGUACCAUGGAGGAGCCCAACUACGUCAACCUCAAAUUCAGCAACGAUCGUCCCAUAGCGAACCAAACAGAGCUCAUUUACACUGUCCUGGUGAAUGGUCGACCCGUUUUGGCCACAACAGCAGCUAAGGAUAUGGAACUAGUCAGCGAAUCCGAGGCAGUCAAGACUUUUGGCCAGGCUGUCUAUAUGAAAUCUGAACCCUACAUCAGGGAGCCCACGGCCACAGCCUUGGCUCCUGUUCCUCGAAGUGGCCAGGCUGGCUUCUUUAACUCCGUCAAAAACAAUGUAGCUUUGGUGGUGAUUAGUUCAUUGGCCAUCCUGCUGCUGAUGUUGCUUCUUGUGGCAGUUCUACUUCUAGGACGAACACGUUCCAGACACAGAGAGCUAAGCGCAGUGAACAGAAACUCGUCCCGCAACGAGUUGCUCUCCGAGGGUCAAUCAAUAAGACCAACAACCAGUGAGAGGACAGAGGGAGAACCCAGUCCAAGACAUUCCGAUUCCAGGGAGGUUGGUGUCCGAAACUUCUCCUACGAAAGGGAGCCACGCAUCAGUUUUCCAGCUCCACCACAAGACAACCGAUCCCGUCGUGAUUCCAUAUCCUCGUCAACAGACAACACUUCUGACUCCUCGGUUUACUGCCCCAUCAAUCCGCCGAGUGCCGAUGUCCAGAGGAUACUGGAUGACAAGGCUGCCCGUUUGUUUGAUGCUCAUAAGAGGCGCCAUCAGUACGAUCGAGCUGAGGGCCACGAGGAAACCGUCUAUACAUCGGUGGUGUCCGAGAAAAAGGGCGACAAGUCCCGGCACAAGUCAAGGAGGCGUUACCUGAACGAGAAUCGAGUGGGCUCCUUGGAGACGAGUCCUGUCCAGGGCUCCUUAGCAGGCCACUCCUCCGCCGAGGAAUCUCCAGAGGUCAUGCGAAGGAGCUACGAGAACUUUCAGCGGAACGAGGCCUUCAAUCCGAACAACAACUAUCACCGGAACAAGUUGCUAACUCAGAAAACCGGAAGAGGGGUUUCCGCCGAGGCCAUUAACAGCGAGAUGAUACGGAAUAUGCAGCCAUCCGAUAAGUCAGAUACAGCCAGUGUGGGCUCCUUUCUAUCGAUGGCCUCUGUGAGGGCCUUUCCAAAGAGUGCUCUACCGGAACCACUUAACCGCGUCCUGGAUCCCGUCUUCGUCACCUACUACGACAAUGUGAAUGCAGUGGCACCGCACAAUUCCACGAGAUCCUUGAGAUCCCACAAAUCUCAACAAGGCAGCAAGGACAGCACCAUAGCCACCAUCGCCAGUUUUCCCAGUCCCAAGGCGCCGCCAUCGGUUAGGAAUGUCCGUUCAGCCUCGCACAGCGAUAAUCCGGAUCCGGGAGUGGUGGGUCCCGUGGUCUGGGAGCGGCACAAGAAGAAGCAGUCACAGGAGGCCCUGACCUACACGGACUAUAAUCCCAGUCCGCUGCACAAUCCGUCGGCCAUACGAAACCACUACGAGGGGCUUUUGGAGGGAGCCCUGCAAAUGUACUCCAGCCAGGACGACAUACCCAUGCCCUUGCCCACCCAGAAUUUCACGAACAACAGGAGGGCUACCAAGCGCGAGCACAGGGGCUCAUCGGCGGGAUUGCCCAGCUUUCAUCCUGCAGGUGGCACUAAGACCAUAGCUGAACGUCCUGCCACAGCACAGCCAGAGAAGACAUCUAAGUCGGCCCAUUCCACGCAGCCACCAUCACCGACUUAUAGUGCCUGGGGUGGUGGGAGUAUGUACAGCUCCCAUUCCACCCUGAAUCGUCCAUUGAGCGCUGGACCUAUUCAAAGGAUGGAUGCAUCUGGUCUAGCUGCAAGUUCUUCGGGAACAGGAGCUGGAACUGCUCCCCUUAUCGAGGCCAUACAGUCCGAGCUGCGAAAGUUCAAGCAGCAGCAGGAGUAGAGGCCUGAAUCUUUGAUCUUAAUAUUGUCGUGGCGAUGAGAAAUCAUUCACACCAGCAUAUCUGUA